AUCUCUGGGCAAGUGCUGGGGCAAACGACACCAGCUGCAUUGGGAAGACAGCGUUUAAAAAUCGACCACACCUCGGGGCAUCAGUUUGGAAAGAUUGAGGCAAUUCAACUUGACUGUCGAAGUGGGUGAAACUGUACGGCACUUGCCUUUGCCUCUGUUGGUGGCACUUAAAGGAUUCGCCCCAAUAAGAACAAACUAAGUGUUACUAUUAAUUAUCUGCACUGUGCACUGAUUCAUAGGUUACUAAAUGCGACGCGUGCGUGUAUCGAUAAAUUACUACUCAACUAAUGAUUGUUGAAAGGAACACUUUGACGCCGUUGCUUUCGAUAGAGCUGUACUAAGAGGAUAACCGAAAUAGACGAGGUUAGAAGGAUCAAAAUUCGUACGCAACGACAGAACCUGCGCGGGCACAACAUGAGGACCAUCCUUGCCGUGUUGUCCUGUUUCGCGAUAUGGACGAGUCCUAGUGAAGUGUGUGGCCUGUCCCAGGCAACUAGCAACGUACACAGAUCGCAAGACGAUCAUGGCAACUACAAAUUCGGCUAUAAUAUUGAAGACGGCUGGGGUUCUUCAAACGGCCGUUGGGAGGUUGGAGACGCGUUGGGAAAUAAACGUGGAGGCUACACGAUCACUGAUGCUGAUGGCAGAAGACGUUACGUCGAAUAUAUCGCCGAUGAAAAUGGAUUCCGCGUGGUCGUGAAUACGAAUGAGCCCGGUACCGCAGUGUCGAAAAGUGGCAGUGUCAUAACUAAACCGGUCGAAACAGCUGAUAAGCACGUUGAUGAUAGCAUUUUACAGUCUCUUAACCGUGGAAAUUCUGAACGCCUCGACUCGGAACCACUUAAAGCUGUUGUGUUGGAUUCGCCUGCUGUGGCACACGAGCACAGCUUCGGCAUUGGAUCGUAUUUGCCACAGAAUCACGAAUCUGAUCGUCAUCACAUCGAACCUGCGCCCCUUGGGUCUCACCUAGCCGAUGACAAUAGGCCGCCGCAUGGCGCGGCAGAGCUCAAGCGUCAGCACCUUGAACACCAUCACCACGACGUAGUACCGGCUCCGAAAGUUCAGCUUGGCUCCACGGCAUCCGCCAAUUCGAUAACGACGAUUUCUUCUACAGCUGCACCUAUCCUCGUCCAUGCCAACUAUGGCCAAUCGAUUGUAACUAGCACCCGAACCAACGCUCACUUACUUUUCGCGGGAUCACCGAGCGCUACUCACUGGAAAAAGAAACUCUAUAGGCAGCAUUUGAAGAAGAAAUAUCCUGGACUUCUCUACAGUUUGGACCAGACCACUCUACCCCGACAAAUUACUAUUGAACAUCCAGAUCCAGUUGACCCGAAGACGCUGCAGUCAUUACUUCUUUCCAGAACUACGCCAAGUUUGGAAGCCGGGACACACACUGAGAAUUACGUUCGACAAUAUGUAAAGAGAGAUCGUAGUGCAUCACCUUCUCUGAAUACGGCGACUGGUGUGCUUAAACAAAUUCAACCGCCUCUGGUGAAAAUUGUCCAGCCUGUCCCCUUGCUCAUCCACCAGGCUACUCUAUUCUCCGAUUACAUGAAAAGCUCAGGUGCCUCCGCGCAACAUGAUAAUCCUAUCAUCGAGCUGAAAACCUAUCGACCUCACGAGGGAAAGGCGUAUCCGAUACACUUAAAGGCGUCUGAAUCAGCGGGAAUACCAAAAUACACAAAGAUCAUCAAAAGAACCGGCUUCGGAUUCCGUCGCUAUGACGAAGACGAGCAGGCUAAUCCAGUUGCAAGUACUAGCGAUGAAAUCCAUUUGGCAAAGAACCAUACGCAACGGUCACAACAGAAGCCUAAAUUGUCAUCUCUGGAACGUUCCGAGAAUCGGAAAAAUGCAAUCAGUAACGGCACAUCUAAGGACAUCUAUAGCUACUAUUGAUUUUGAAUAUUCCCACAAGCUGCAUAGGGAAAAAAAGGCCAAAUUUUAGAGCGAUCCUUUCUAAAAGCUUCGAUACGCCACGCAUGAAGAAGUGCGCCCAAAUAUGCAUGACCGGCACUUAAUUGAACAAUGUUUCGUAAUAUUGCUGCUGCAAAACACUUGGUGCAUAUCUUUUGCACAAAUUUGCUUAUAUCUAUUGAAAACUCAACACAGACAUUUCUAGUUAAACAGUAAAGUCACUUUCGGAUAGAACAAAUAUUUCAACGUACGUAGACAACACUCUCUACAUUCAUCAUUACGCUAUACACCACGAUGAUUUGCUCGUGACAAGCUAUAGAAGGCUACAAAACAUUGUCCAUUACAUCUGCACACGAGAAGAAGCUUAGUAGGUCGACAACUGAGGGCAUCUGUCCUAUUUUCUGUAAUUUAUUUAUCUACUUUGUAUAGGUUAUAAUCGUUUAGUAUUUCAUUUUGCAAAUAGAUAAAAGUGAUAUCAUUAUUUAUCUAAGUAGACCAAUCUAGCUUGAGCCAGAAAGUUUAAGGCUUUGUUUUAGACAAAGGCUGUGAGUAAAUGGCAGCAACCUUAGGCCGGGCUAACGUAUUGCCAUGUUAAAUAUGAGCUGCAGGGCAAGCAAACGAGGACAACAAACAAUCUGCUCCAUUGUUGAGUGUUGCUUAGAUCGAUAAAGUUAUAUCUAUUACAUCAUAUAUUGUUUGUAAAUCAUAUAAGCUGGAAUACACAAAUUAUAUUAUUCACUCAGCCCAAAUAGAAAAGCGUGCCUCUGGUAAUUGAGGUCGGUAAUCCGUGCUCUGAGUGUUUUCCUCCUCCUCUCUGCGGUGCAUUUUUAAUGCCAACUACUGUUCUUUGUUUAAAUACACCUGUUUAAUUUAAGACUGUACAUUUUUAGUAUUCAUGAUAAUACUGUAUAUUUAUAUCAUUUUAUUCUGAAAAAUAAAUUAACUCAAUUCUUAGGAACAUGCAAGUUGCGCGCUUCCUACUACUCCAACUCUAAGACUAUUAUAUAAAACGUAAGUUAAUCACAUAUGCCUCUACUGAGCUUGAUUAAUCUUGAAAUUUAAAAAUAAAACUAUAUUUUAUUUAAAAUAAAACGAAGGAGUAUAUAUCACAAAUGGUAUAAUACAAAAUAAGCCAGAUCCUCGUAUAAUGAUAGCAUUGUGAUUAUAGCUUGAGGUUGUCAAAAAUUAAGUUCCUGAUUCAACGUAUAAACUAUUUAGCAGUAUUCUUGUCAAUCGAAGAUUUUUCUGCCUUGCUUGAUAGGUUCUUGCGAUGAUUGACGCUAAUAGAAAUGCCCUCCAUUCUGCAUCGUUAGUCGCACAUGCCUUAUUAUUUUAAAUAGUUUAUUUGAAUUGAAUGUACGCGACAGAUAGGCGAAAACAUCCGUUCGCAUGGCCCAGAAUACUAUCCUUAUAUAAAGGCAUUCAUCUGCAUUCUACGAUUUAUUUAACAAGAAAACGCAUUUAUCUAUCGUGACAUAGCGACUCCGACUAACAAAUUCUCAAACUCUUUUACUGAUUAAACGCAAACAGAGAUAUGUAUUUCGUUCUUUAUUAUCUCCCAGUUGUGUUUUUAUUAUGACUCCAGUAUACCAUGAAAAGUUAAAAGUAAGAACUUUGUAUUCGAUAAUCACCAUUGUUAUCUCAAUUCAUCUGUUUUCUCAUUACAUUUUUAUGAGAAUGUCGCCGACUAGAAAAGCCCUUUCUCAAGAUUCUCUCGUUUAGUUCAAUCAUGACCAAUGUGAGGACAAUGUGGAUCUGUUGCUAUUAAAUAGCCUUAUCAAAUAUACUAAGCAUAUUGCAUCUUGCAACAUUUUGGCCGCCGCACGCGGCACUGACGGCCAACUGUACAGUAAAUGAUACACAAGACAAUCCUUUCCGUUAUGUCCUUCGAGAGUGUUCUUUUACCAUGCAACGUUUCUCUCCAUUUUUUUUGCUUUCAUCUGAGUUUAGGAGAAUGCAGCAAUACAAUGGGCCUAACACUGCCGGAAGGUUGCUCUGUACGUAAUACUGCAGGUUGGAAACUUCUCCAACUCUUGUCCCAUAUAUAUAUAUAUAUAUAUAUAUAUAUAUACUCUGUUCAAGUGCUUUUAAAGAACAGUUUGUAUCGUUACUACUUUAACUUCUACUACGAUUAUUACAAAGUCUAAAAAAUCGAUAAUUGAUUUAAAUUAUGAAAUUAGCAUCAUAUGCUAACACGAAACAAAAAAAAUGGAAAUCCCCGAAUCCACGAGCGC